AUGGGCCAAAUCCUCGACAGAUUCCAUGGUAAAGAGUGGAAGAAGAAGCAAGUAAAGUUGAUAACAGACAGGGUUUAUGAUCGAAUUUGUAAUCAAACAGGACGGCCUACUCUCACUUUCGACGAUCUGUAUAUUGCCGUGCUACUCGUGUUCAAUGACAUUAACAAGCACUUGCCAGGCCCCCAUUUCGAUCCGCCCUCCAAAGAGCACAUCCUAGAUAUCAUGAAGGAAUGUGAUAUCAACCUGGAUGGUGGGCUUGAUCGUGAAGAAUUUGCCAAGUUCAUCCAGAAGCUAACAGCAGAGACAUUUGUGGUGAUCAGCCAGGGACUUCUGCUCACUUUGGUUGUGGCACCAACUCUUGCAAUGGCAACCAAGCGAGCCACGGAAGGCGUUCCACACGUUGGUAAAGUGGUGCAGAAGGUUCCGAAUUCGAUAUUUGCAUCGCUGGUGACCCUUGCUGUCGUAUGGAUUCAACAGUCUCAGCAGGAAGCCCUGUAG